AUGGUGGAUGCUAAAGAUGGUGUUUUGGACCUGGCUGCCCCUUCUACUACCCCAGUGUCCUUCAGCUUCAUCCGCACCUCUGUGCAGAGGCAGCUCGCAGAUAAGGGAGAUGUUGAGGGGUUGGGCCCAGAGGAAAAGGAUUAAGAAAGGGAGCUGCAGAGUGUGAAGCCCCCAGAAGCCUCCAAGGAACUGGUCAUCGCACUGAUCCAGAAUAUCUAUCGCAGGCAGCCCUUGGCUCAAACCCCUGGGCCAUUCUCAGAGGCCUUGGCAGAUGGGGUGUUGUCCCAGGCUGUGAAGGAGAUCUAUAAGGAAUCCAAGAUGUCUCUAGAGGGGAGAGACAAUGUGGGUGUUGACCCCAUGCUCGCUAUCCCCACGAUCCAAAAAGGAUGCACCCCAUACUGGAAAGGUAUAGACAGGGAACACCAGGCUGAGACAGUGCCAGCGUGAUAUGAGGCCGUCCCUGUGGAGGCCUAUGGGCUGGCUAUGCUGCGGGGCAUGGGCUGGAAACCUGGUGAGGGCAUUGGCCACACUUUCAAACAAGUGGUGAAGCCCUGUGUAAACUCACCGAAGCCCCAGGGGUUAGGACUGGGUGCCAACCCGACGGAGGUCCAGGCUUUGGCCCCCGACGGAGGUCCAGGCUUUGCAAAGCCAGAUGGGAAGCAAGAGAAGGAUAAGGAAGACCAAACUCAAGGGCUGGUGCCUGGAGGUGCUGUGGUGGUCCUUUCCGGCCCUCACCAACACCUCUGUGGGAAGGUGGAAGGCUUUGAUCAUGACAAUGUGCGGGCCAUGGUUCGACUAGCAGUGGGCCAGUGCAUGGUGACUGUUAGCAACUACUGCCUGCGACCUGUGUCCCAGCAGGAGUUUGCCAAGAAUUCCUUGUCAGGUGAGCAGAACUUGCUCCGAGCGACAGCUUCGUCAUGGAAGGCCCUCCAGAGUGAAGACCUGCAUGGCUGUAGGGAGGACCCGGAAAGGAAGCGGAAACAUCCUCCAGAUGGACAGGAUGGGCCUGCAGCCAAGCGAGACAAAGCAGCCAGCAGGAGUCAGCGCUGGCUGCACAGGGACCUGCUCGUGUGCUUCGUGGACAAGCUGCACGAGGGCGGCCAGUAUUACACCACCAAGAUGACGACUGAAGAUGUCCUGAGCCCAGAUACAUGUAUGUGCAGGACAGACGAAGGCCGAGUCCAGGAAGGCGUGAUGGAAAACAUGCUGGAGACCCUGGUUCCCAAGGUCGAGGGUGAACGUGUGACGGUGGUACUAGGCCAUACUGCAAAGGUGGGACGCCCGGGGGGCAGGGACCGAGGCCGGAGCCGGGCUGUGGUGCACCUGCAGAGAGAGAAUCAUUCGGUGGAGCUUCACUAUAGUGCUGUGUGCCAGUACCGGGGCCCCACUGACUCAGAUAAAGACUGA